AUGACGUCGCACCACCCACCCACACCAGACAUGUUGGCAACUUGUUAUACAACCUUGCAAAAACCCACCCAUUACCAUCCGAAUCCUUCCUCCAUUGUUCUGGCUUUUUAUUCGGGAUGUCGAAGACAAUGCUAUCCGAAACGUCACGGGUUGUACCCAGCCGCCGAAUUUAGACUGAUAAAGGAAGGACUAUGCGACAGAGGCAACGCCCCUUCGGUGAGCGCUAUUUCCCGACUGCUCCGGGGAAACGACGGGGAAGAUGGUGACAAAAAACUGGACGGUAAGUACAAAGAAAUCUUUUGGCUGGCGUUUUAA